UCCUCCCAUCAACAAGCAUCACAGACAGAACAGAAGUGUCAGACAGACAGAACUUCUGUGGUCACUUCACUGCGCUGCACUGAUUUAACGCCAUUAAUACACCGUAGCUUAGCCCUGUGCAUCUUCUGUGACAGUGAACACACACAUCUAGCGUGUCUGCUUUGAUGUCGGUCGGUUUCACUCGCGUGAAUGUGCGGUCUUCUCCCGAGUUCAACCCGGUGUCAUAACAAGCACCAGAUGAACCACAAAGGCAUCAAAAACAGGACAGAGGAUUCACUUGUUUCCUCCAAACAGACAUUUUCUUUGGACUUAACAGAAUAUUAAGAGCAUUGGCAAAGAUGCUUAUUAAGAUGCCUUCACUGUCCAAAGCAAUGGAGAGUCUGAAGUAAUGGAGAACACAGACGAGAGCCCUGAGGCCCCUACACCUCCAGAGCGAGGACUUCUCCACAUAUGGCAGUCAGUGGGGCCCAGUGAGCAGCUCAGCCCAGAGAGAGUGCUGUUUCCCAGGCCUGUUCUGCAGGUCUCCCUGGGAGAACACCAUGGACUUCUGCUGUCACAGGGAGGUGAGGUGUAUUCAUUUGGAGAGCUGUUGUGGAGGGAUGUGAGCAUCCCAUUGUCUGCUCCGGUGCUCGAGGUUUCUCUGCUGGGGAAGAAGAUCGUCCAUGUGGCCGCUGGCGGCUUCCACUGCGGUGCAUUAAGUGAGCAGGGCAAUGUCUUUAUGUGGGGAGAGAACACUGCGGGACAGUGUGGCCUUUCUGAGAGGGACACUGUCGCACAAGUCACAGUGUCAGAGCCAUGCGCAGUCAGUGUGGUGGACACUGAGGUUGUUCCUCCUGCCGUGGUCCGGGUUGUGGAUCUGGCCUGUGGACGGGAGCACAGUCUGGCUCUGUCAUCUCAGAAUGAGCUGUGGGCCUGGGGCAGUGGCUGCCAGCUUGGCCUGGUCACAAACAUUUUCCCUGUGUGGAGUCCACAGAAGGUGGAGCACUUGGCUGGCAGACAUGUAAUUCAGGUGGCCUGUGGUGCCUACCACAGCUUAGCACUGGUUCGCAGUUUACCAACUCAGAAUAGCAAUACCCAGAACAUCCCAGAGAAGAGGGAGCGGGCCCAGUUACCUCACUACUCAGUGACAGAGAAAGAGGAACUGGAUACAGUUGAUGAUGCACAGUAUUGUCCACUGGGGGUGGAGCUGACUGAAGUCUUAACAAGCGAGACUUCUCCCAGACGAAGAGGUCCCAGACGGAGACUCCAACCUGGUGGGAGGUCAGCUGGCAGCAGCCCUGGCUCAUUUUCUGAAGACAGCAAUUCUGGCACUAAACAGAAGACUCUUCUAAAUAGGGCCAAUUGUGAGCCUGAGGGGCACGCUGACCAUCUAACUCAGAUGGACGGCAUGCCCAAGUCACAGCCAAUGCCAUGCUGGAGGGCCAAUAAGAACUCCGCUUUCCCAGACGACCUGGUGCUCCAGAACCUCCUCCAGAAGUUCUCUGGUCACUCAUUAGAGAUGCAGCACACCUCUGUGCCAGGGGAUACUGACUCACUGAGCAGUCACACUUCAGAUGACAGCUGUAUGUCCUCAUCUCCCUCCGUGGACAUUUUCGCUUCCAGUUACAAAGACGAUUCGUCAGUUAAGAGUCAAAGCACCAGCAACAACAGUGGGCCGUACUCCUCCUCCCCUGUGUGUUUGGAUGAUGUUCAUCUGUGUCUGAAGGCAGAGAAGAAGGCACUGCAAGGACAGAAGAGUUCCAGUCUUACAAAUAUAUGCCAGAAAGGGAAAAAGACAGGAAACAGGAGACGCUCACUGCCUGGAACACCCACCCAUGGGUCCCCACUGCGACGCCGGCCUUGUACUUGCAGGUCAUCUUCUGCUGGUCGCACCCAGGCUGCAGCACCAGAGGAGGCAGGCGAUGGGUUGCCGUCGCUGGAGACAGAAGUGUGGACCUGGGGCCGUGGGUCGGAGGGGCAACUGGGCCAUGGAGACCAGCUUGCUAGACUCCAGCCGCUUUGUAUCAAGUCCUUGACUGGUGAGGAGGUGAUCAAAGUUUCUGCAGGGUCCCACCAUUCACUAGCCCUCAGUGCUCAAUGCAAGGUGUAUUCUUGGGGCAGCAACAUGUGUGGUCAGCUCGGCCAUGUCAACAGCCCUGUCACCGUUCCUCAGCAGAUGAAGCAAUCUGAGGGUCUCCGGAUUUGGGACAUAUCAGCCGGUCAGAGUCACUCGCUCCUGUUGGCUGACGGAGACUGCGUCCAGCCGGUGUUGUUGUACUGUGGCCAGCAUCAAGAGCUCAUGUCGGCACAGAGGAAGAGGUCACAACAGAGACAAAAGUCAUGCCAGAGAUCACCUAAAAGGGCAGAGAGUUACACAGUCAGACCCAUUAUGCUGCCUUCAUGCAUCGAGAUGGGCUAUAUUAGCAGUGUGUGCUGUGGCGGGCAGAGCUGUGCGGUGCUAGCAGACCAGAACGUCAUGGGCUUCGUCUCUGCUAUCCACGAGCUGGCCUCCAGAGAGAGGCACUUUUACUGUUUGUUGAGCAACACCAGGAAGCUCCUCCUCACGCCACUAAGUAACAAAGAGGGUGCGCACUCGUCAUUAGGUGAGCCGUGCACUCAUCUCUUCUUCUCUCUCUGUGAGAGUUUCAUUCGUCUGAGCGUCCUGAUCAGUCAGCACUCCACGUCACUCAGCUACUUCCUGCAUGACGUGCAGACCUGUGAUGUCACUUCCCUUCUACUGCUGACACACACGGAUGACUUCACUGACAUUUACAAAGCAUACUGUUUUGCUCUGGGUAACUUUCAGGUGAUGGGUGGAUUCCAGUCACUACAGAAACUCUCACUUGAGGUUUUCAGUUCUCAGCAAACUGUUCUUGCCCAGCUGUGCCUUCCAGAUCAGUCUGUCAGUGGUGAUGUUGAUGUUGUGUCAUUGCUGUACUGGCCUCUGCAGCAACUCCACCAGUACAGUCGAAUUCUGCUCAAACUAGCAGCCUGCUAUGACGUGUUAACUGAAGAGUAUCAGACCCUCCACCAAGGCUUUAGUCAGUAUGAAUCCCUAUCUUCAUCCCUGCUGAGGAAGAAGAAGGAAGCUGAAACCACAUUCCUCUUCUGGAAAAAACACUCUGGAAAAUAUACUGAGUUCCUGCGUCUCCCGCAGCGUCGCGUAGUGUGCGAAAGCAGCAACAGGUCUCUGACCCUGCAGAAUGCUGGACGGUUCUCCAACCAUUGGUUCAUACUGUUUAAUGAUGCACUGGUGCACACACAGGGGGCCAUUCCCUCUCAGAGCUUUUUCUCCACUCAUCAUGUCUAUCCUCUGACCUGUCUGUGGGUGAAACCAGUUUCUGAUGACAGCAGCGGACUCCAUGCCAUAAAGAUUAUAUGUCCAGAGGAGAGUUUCACCCUGGUUGCCUCAACACCACAGGAAAAGAAUAAGUGGCUUAGAUCACUCAACCAGGCGGUGGAUCAGGUGCUGGGUGGUGGAGCUCAGGGAUCGUCACCAGGAGUGAUGGGGAUGUCUCGUACAGCUUCCUACACAUUCACCGGAGAGGGACGGUUUAAAGAUGCCCAUUACACCGGGGUCUGGCUGUCAGGACGAAUUCAUGGCAGAGGCACCAUGAAGUGGCCAGAUGGACGAACGUACACCGGGAACUUUAAAAACGGACUGGAGAAUGGCUAUGGGGAGAGUUUAAUGCCUAACAAAGCGCUGAAUAAACCCGACAGCUACCAAGGACACUGGAGAGAAGGCAAGAUCAAUGGGUUCGGAAAGUACAAAUACGCCAGUGGUGAGGUGUACGAGGGCUGUUUCUUUGACGGACAGAGACACGGCUAUGGCAUGCUGAGCUCCGGCAAACAGGCCGGGACUUCCUCCAGUGUUUUCAUUGGACAGUGGGUCCAGGACAAGAAGACGGGAUAUGGAGUCUACGAUGACAUCACCAGAGGUGAGAAGUACAUGGGACUAUGGCUGGAUGACCACAGGCACGGCAGCGCUGUGGUUGCCACCCAAUAUGGCAUCUACUAUGAAGGGACUUUCAAAGAGAACAAGAUGAGUGGUCCAGGGCUGUUGAUGUCCGAUGAUGACACAGCUUUCAAUGGGGAGUUUUGUGAUGACUGGACUAUCAAUGGGAAGGGUGUUUUGUCCCUGGUCAACGGUGAUUGUUUGGACGGCAUGUUCAGUGGAGAGUGGAACACAGGGCUGAAAGUGGUUGGAACAUAUACCAAACCUGCUACCGAUGAACCUGAAAACAAAGCGCGAAGGGGCCUGUUCAGGUUGGGUCAGUAUGUGGUGGCUGCAGGCCGGAGGUGGGGCUGUGUGUUUACUGAAUGCUGGCGUCGACUGGGCUGUGAUGCAGCCGGGAGAGGAGACAGGACUUCAGCAUGGGAGAACAUCGCCGUUACCAUAUCAACUGCUCGGCGACACCGCAUAAACCUCAGCAGGUCUCAAAGCAAAGUUUUGGAGUGUUUGGAGUUCAUUCCCCAUCAUGUAGACGCUGUCACCACUGCAAAUUAUGACAACAUACGACGAUAUCUCAACAAGGCAUGUGAGACACCUGUCCACCCUCUGGGCUGGCUGGUUGAGACGUUGGUGACCGUCUACAGGAUGACGUACGUCGGCGUCGGAUCUAACCGCAGGCUGCUCAGACAGGCUGUCCAGGAGGUCCAGGCCUACCUCAUCCAAUACUACAGCAUUGUCCGGUUUUUGUUUCCUGGGUUACCAGAUGAUGGUGGCGUCCUCCCAGACCCCCCAAACUCUCCAUCCAAAAGCAGACACAACUCUAACACAGAAGGACAAUGUGUUGUGGUGGUGAGCUGCUCCUCUCUGCUCCUCCCUCUGUUGCUCCCUCGACUCUACCCUCCUCUCUUCACCCUGUACUGCCUGCAGGAGGAACAGAAGGAGACGCAAUACUGGGAGCGCAUUCUCCGACUCAACCAACAACCUGACCAGUCAUUACUCAACUUCCUUGGAGUUCAAAGGAAGUUCUGGCCGGAGUGGAUGUCAGUUCUGGGAGAGAAAAAGCAGAUUGUGUCCAGCAGCAAAGAUGCCUGCUUUGUUUCCGCAGUAGAGACACUCCAACAAAUCAGCACUACCUUCACUCCAUCAGACAAACUCAUGGUCAUCCAGAAAACAUUUGAGGAGUUGACCCAGGAAGUAAAACCUAUGGUGGACGUUGGUUUCCUGUGGUGCAUGGAUGACCUGCUCCCCCUCUCCCUCUAUGUGGUUCUCAGAGCAAGGAUCAGGAACCUUGGAGCUGAGAUCAGUCUGAUUGAAGAUCUGAUGGAUCCUAACAUUCAGCAUGGAGAGAUGGGACACAUGUUCACAACACUGAAGGCCUGCUACAUCCAGAUCCAGCAUGAGUCGACCACGUAGGAGUGGGCAGUAGGACGUCCCACUGUCCAUCAGGAUGCAAAAACUGCAAUAGUGGUUAGAGGAACUCCCUUUCCAAACCAGUAAAAUCACCUUUAUGUCACUGGGAAGUUGCAGUUGACAGACAUUGUUACAUCUUCACCACACAGGAAAUGAUGUCUGACAUCUGUUGAUGCUGUUGAUCCUUUUGGUUUGUUAGAGAGCUCUUGAGUUCUUCUCCUCCAUCAAAGAGUUGCACAUCGCCCUCCUGUGGACAUAGUAGAAAACUGCAUAACUGUCUCUUCCAGACAUGGUCUAGUGUGGUUACAUCAGCUCAGUUGUGUGUGUUUAUGAGCUGAGAGAUAAUUAUCACAAGUACUUGAUGGGAGACUUAACAGGUUGUAACAACACUGCGUUUAUGCUACUUUACAAUAUUUGUCUUUAUUUAAUAGUACUUAGAUAAAAGUAAUUUAUUUCACCAGCUUUCUUUGAGAACAGGCAAAGGGAACACAUUUAUGAACAAAGUGUGAAAUCACAUAAUAAUUUAAAUAAUACAUAGCAAUAGAGGUUUGACUGAACAUUUACUCCAGUCAAUUAUUAAGUGGAGUAAAAUCUUGCUGUUUGGCUAAAACGUUGCCAUUGAGAUCACUGCUAGUGGAGACAGAAGCUUGUUACACUGUUUUUGGUGUCCGUUUUGUAUAAUCGAAAGUAUUUUCUUAGACCUCAGUUUGGUUUUAGCACUUUGAGCACAAGACAAUGUGUUUUCAUCACAUUCCACUGGCUUCAGAGUGUCUACAUGAGGCUUGGAUGCUCAUUUCAUAUGUCUGAUGCUCACAUUGACCUGGGGUUCCUUGGUAAGCAGCUGCAGUAGCUCAAGGGCAAACCCUGCCUGAGGUUCAGCUUUUCCAAUAAAAUAACCUUAACAUUUUUAAUAUAGGUGUAUUGUGUGUGAGUAAACACAGAACACUGCUCUUAAUGAAUCAGUUGUGGAGUUCAGCAAUUUUUUAUUCCUCAUGUAGAGAACAAAAAACCUUUUUCUCAACAUUCCCUCUCAGUCCCAAAAUAUUGUACAGUUGACAUUUAUCUUUUUAGAGGCACUUCAGAAUUUCGGAGACAACAGACAUCCAUUUUUCUGAUACAGUUUAAAUUAUUGUUAUUAUUAUUAUCAUUUUUAAAGACCUCUGGCCUAAUGCACUACAAGUGUGCUGCUACACACUCAAAACUUUUUGUCUCAGGCCUGGACUUUUUGUUAUUUAUACCUAAUAUAAAUAAAUUAACUGAACAGGACAGUAAUGGGAAAUGCACUUGUUUAAUAUAACUAAAGGAGAAAUGUUCCUUCCUCUGCUGGUAGGAAUUGUGUGUGUCUAAUCUAAUAGGGAACAAUUCUCAAGUUGCACUGACAGUUUCCAGUUUAAACAACCUGAGAGAGGUUUGUUUUUUAUAAUUGCUGUAUGUGUACAAAAAGGUUGUAUGCGGUUUUAUUCAUCUAUGCAUGUUUUGUUUGUAGACGGUAAUAACAGUGGUGACCUCCUGGUGUGAAUCCAGGCAUUUUAUAGAGAUAUUUUUGCAUUUCAAGAUAGGACGUACAAAAGAUAUGAUGUAAAUGUGUUAGCAUGAAAUACAGUAUAUCUUGUAUACUCACAAGCUUCCCUGAAUAAUUAGAUCUUAUUCCUCUUAGAGCAAUUUCAGUGCCAAAACACCUUUCCUUUCCUACACGAUGACUCAAUGUCAUAAAACAGCGUCAGUUUGUGGAUUAAACAAAUUCACAGUACAUUGUAAACAGUACAGUGUUACUGACUGUGUUGACUGAGCUUUUUUUGAUGUCAGGAAUAAAACGGGCUGUAAAAUGCUCACGUUGAACUGCACAGUGAAACAGUUUGCCAUGAGAAAAAACCAACAACAGAGCAGCUGCAAAAGUUCUUCCAUUUACUCGCAUGGAUACCAUUCAGUUUUUACAGCACUGAGUUGAAAAUGUAUUUAUUCUCACUCACAGAAUGUAACCUCUAAGGGUCAGGACAGUCACUUACUGCCGUGUGUGUGAGUGUAGUCGAAGUUGCAUGUUGUGGCUGAAUAUCCCUCACUCCUCACCCUUCCCUUCCAAGUUUGUUUUGAGAAUCAAUGUAGCAUUCAUUUAGCAACAAAACUCAAACUCACAUAUGUGUAGUUUAUCUAUUGUGGGCUAUUGUAAAAACUGACUCGGCAACUUCUGUAAUGAAACUCAAUUCACACUUCAAAAAAUGUAUACAUAUUGUAUCUUAAAUGUUUGCCAACUAAAAAAAGGGUAACCUAAAUUUUACACACUGGACCUUGAAGCGAUGAUCAGGUGAGCUGAUUGUAAUAUUAAUUAAUUUUGAUCGAUACAUUCAGUUAAAUGUUAAAAUAUGUUUAUUAAAAGGAGCAAUAAAUUUAAUUUAAUUCUGAA